AUGCUAAGAGCGCUUCCAUCUAUGGUGCUAUGGCAAAGGGUAAGGGCAACGCAGCGCCCUCAAGCAACUGUUCGGGUUAUUCUUGUUUUCGGACCUGGUCAGUCUUCGUGGAGCCCACGACCUGCCCAAGCUGGAUUUGUGCUGUGGAGUGAGUUUCUUCAACUUGGGGAGAUCUUUUGUCCAAGACUAGAUUUUGCGGUGGAAGUGCUCUUAGAAAUACUACAAAAAGCCAAAACUGCUUUGGCUUGUUUGUUGAAAUUGAAAGUCUAA